UAUGUGAGGACCGGCUCCUUCCCUGCGUCUGCUCCCUGGCCUCCUGCUCUGAGUAAAUUUGAGACUCACUUCCCACCCCCCUCCCAUCCCCCCCCUGCUCUGGCCAGAAGACUGUGGAAUCAGCUAUGGGGGGAGGGGAGGCUAAUGACCUGUAGAAGUGUGGCAGGGGAAUGGAGGGCCAGGCUGCUGCCCGCAUCACUCACUUCUGCUCACUAAGAGCUAGGCAUCUGCAGGGCUCUCUGGCUCUGCCAGACUAGCGGGCUGGGGCUCAAGUCUGCUUAGGCCACAUGGAUUGUAUGGUCAAGGGACCUGGCUGUUGCCCUCUUCUUCAUACCCUUUUCCUGGGAUGUCUCGUCUUCCUCGGGACCCCUUAUACUGCCACCUGGAUCUGAGUGGGUAGUGGUUAUGGUAUCACCUACUCCAGACAGGACAGGCAUGUGACCUACCUCACCUCUGUCUCCAGGGCCCAGGGCUGGGUGCAAGAUGGGGCAUCCGAGGCAGUAAGACCACAAAGCAGUAUCUAAAAUAGUGCAGCAUCUUCUACAGCCCAUCUAGAGCAGAUGGGUUGGGAUCAACCAGACCAAGAAGUCUAGGUGGGUUCUAGACAUGGUGUCUUAGUGUUUUACUGCUGUGAAGAGACACCAUGACCUUGGCAGCUCUUAUAAAGGAAAACAUUUCAUUGCCGUGGCUUACAAUUUCGGAAGUUUAGUCCAUUAUCAUCAUGACAGGACAUGGUGACAUGCAGGCAGACAUGGUGCUGGAGAAGGAGCUGAGAGUUUUUCAUCUUGAUCCACAGGGAGCAAGAAGUGAGCUGUGUCACUGGGUGUAGCUUGAGCAUAUAUGAGAUCUCAAAACCCACCCCCACCUUCCUUCUAGGCCACACCUACUGCAACAAGGCCAUGCCUCCUAAUAGUGCUGCUCUCUGUGGGCCACGCAUUCAAAUACAUGAGUCUAUGGGGCAAUACCUACUCAAACUACCACAUAUGGGAUGGGGUGGAGAGGGGAUGCUAGAGUGGGUAAUGAGGUGGCUGGGAGGUGGACCAUGCUAUGGAGCAGAGCAGUGGUUCUCAAUCUGUGGGUUGAGAACCCUUCAGGGGGUCAAACAAGCCUUUCACAAGGGUCACAUAUCGGAUAUCCUGCAUAUCAGAUAUUUAUAUUAUGAUUCAUAACUAGCAAAAUUAUAGUCAUGAAGUAGCAAUGAAAAAAAUUUUAUGCUUGAGGGUCACCACAACAUGAGGAACUGUAUUCAAGGUCGAAGCAUUAGAAAGGUUGAGAACCACUGGAGUAAUGGAAGGGAGAAAUUCAUUCAUUUACUCAUUUAUUUAAAUUUAUUCAUUUAUUAAGCAUUAGUGUGUGUACCUCAUUGACCUAUGGAGUGCCCAUGGAGGACACUUCCAUUAUCACCUCUAGGACAGAUGAGAAACUGAAGUUUAGACUGUUUUGAAACUUUCCCGGAGUCACAGACUGGUGAGAGCCAGAGCAGGCUCACAGCUCCAGCCAUUGGUCUCCACAUCUCACCCUUCAGCGUCACGGCCGCCGACUUCCCUGUUUCCCUGAUGCUGCCAUGACAAGCUCUGGUCAGACCCUUCUAGCUGCUGCUAUGGUUGCAUUUCCUGAGGGAGUGUGGGAGAGCCCCAGCCUGGCUUGUGUGCUGUCCACUACUCCACUCUGGAGUGGACCUCAGAGCCUGGACACCCACCUGUACACCUCUCAACCACUCAGUGUUACUGUGUGCAAUGUUCCACGUUACUGUGCAGAGUCCUCCAAGUAGCAACAGCUGCUCUGUCUCCUGAUGGGCAUCCGAUGCUCUGUGUCUGUUGUCAUACUUUGUCCUGACAGGACUGUGAGUUUAGACAGCACCUGCCUGGUACAGAUGAGGAGGAGGCUGAGGUGCAGUGAGGGUGCAGUGAGUUCGGGGAAGUGAGGCUUUCACUGGGGUCUGUGGGUCCUGGGAUCAGUACCUCUCACUGCCACCUGUUGUACCUCAACACACCCCAGAGACUUAUCUGAAUCCUUGUGAUGCUAAGCCCUGAUCUUUGGGACCACCGGGACAAUGGUAGCCAAGCAUCAUUCUUAGCCUGUACCCAUCCCUACUGCGCUGGGGAUUAUCUGCAGGGGCAGUGGUCAUGGGAGCGUGUCAGGUCCCGGUGAGGAUAGCUGGGUGACUGAACACCCGGAGUGGGACUCAUCGGGUCAUCGGAUGGCAGCAGCCUCAGCCACCUCUUUGCCUGGCUUUGGGGUCACUCAGACUGCACCCACAUGCAGAGUUCUUCUCAGCUUAGGUGCUGUGACUUUUGUUCAACUGUUGCCAAGCCCUGGGCAACCUCCGACUCUGCCCUCCCACACACGCUGUAACACUUGAGUUAUUUCUUGGAAAGGAAGUUGUUGACGGCACAAGAGAGGGAAGGGGCAUUUGGGGCAGAAGGAACAGUAGCAUGUGCAAAGGCUAGGCGGGAGGGUCCACUAGGUAAUCCAGUGUAGCUCAGCUGGUGCCAGGAGAGGGAUCCUGGGAUCCUGCGUGGAAGCUGGAGCAGUGUCACACCUGCUGGGGAGGGACAAGGGAUUGCCACAUUGUCUAUGUCAGGACAGCGGGAGUUUAGCAAAUUCCAGGUCCCGCCUUAGCUUCCCUUCUGUGAAAUAGGGGUGCACAUUCCUCAGGGCCCAGGCUGGUGAGGGUUAUAGGUGGUUUGGCAGCCCUGACUCGGGGCUUCAGGGCCCUUCCAUCACUCCAGAGGAUGUCCCCUAUGAGAGAGGGUGGCAGUCAUCAAGCUCUAAGGCGGCCACUGUCUUACGCCUGGGAGGGCCCUCUCAUGACUUCAGUGGCCAUAACUACACGCCCAAUGCACGUGAUCGGUGACUCCCCUGGCCCCGAGGUGGGCCUGAACCGCUCCUCCCACAGGCACCAUGGCCAGCAGCAGGGGCCUAUCACUCCUGCUGCUGCUGCCACAGCUGCUCCUGGGCCCCGUCCUGGCCGUGAGGGCACCUGGGUUUGGCCGCAGUGGCACCCACAGCCUGAGCCCUGAGGAGAAUGAAUUUGUGGAGGAGGAGCAGCCUGUGCUAGUCCUGAGCCCCGAGGAGCCAGAGCCUGGCCCAGCCACCAUCGACUGUCCCCGAGAUUGUGCCUGCUCCCAGGAAGGUGUUGUGGACUGCGGUGGCAUUGACCUGCGGGAGUUUCCAGGCGACCUGCCUGAGCACACCAACCAUCUGUCCCUGCAGAACAACCAGCUGGAGAAGAUCUACCCCGAGGAGCUGGCUCGGCUGCAGCGGCUGGAGACACUCAACCUUCAGAACAACCGCCUAACUUCCCGAGGGCUCCCAGAGGAGGCGUUUGAGCAUCUGACUAGCCUCAACUAUCUGUACCUGGCCAACAACAAGCUAACAUUGGCACCCCGAUUCCUGCCAAACGCCCUGAUCAGUGUGGACUUUGCUGCCAAUUAUCUCACUAAGAUCUAUGGACUCACCUUUGGCCAAAAACCAAAUCUGAGGUCUGUGUACCUGCACAACAACAAGCUAGCAGAUGCCGGGCUGCCGGACAACAUGUUCAAUGGCUCCAGCAACGUCGAGAUCCUCAUCCUGUCCAGCAACUUCCUGCGCCACGUGCCCAAACACCUGCCUCCUGCCCUGUACAAGUUGCAUCUCAAGAACAACAAGCUAGAGAAGAUCCCCCCUGGGGCCUUCAGUGAGCUGAGCAACCUACGAGAGCUGUACUUGCAAAACAACUACCUGACCGAUGAAGGCCUGGACAAUGAGACCUUCUGGAAGCUCUCCAGCCUGGAGUACCUGGACCUGUCCAGCAACAACCUGUCACGGGUCCCCGCUGGCCUUCCCCGCAGCCUGGUCCUGCUGCACCUGGAGAAGAACGUCAUCCAGAGCGUAGACGCUGAUGUGCUGACACCCAUCCGCAGCCUUGAGUAUCUACUGCUGCACAGCAACCAGCUGCGGGCUGAGGGCAUCCACCCGUUGGCGUUCCAGGGCCUCAAGCGUCUGCACACAGUGCACCUCUACAACAAUGCGCUGGAGCGCGUGCCCAGUGGCCUGCCCCGCCGAGUUCGCACCCUCAUGAUCCUGCACAACCAGAUCACAGGCAUCGGCCGUGAGGACUUUGCCACCACCUACUUCCUGGAAGAACUCAACCUCAGCUAUAACCGCAUCACCAGCCCGCAGAUGCACCGGGAUGCCUUCCGCAAGCUGCGCCUGCUGCGCUCCCUGGACCUGUCUGGCAAUCGCCUGCAAACCCUGCCUCCGGGCCUGCCUAGAAAUGUACAUGUGCUGAAGGUCAAGCGCAAUGAGUUGGCCGCCCUGGCACGCGGGGCACUGGCUGGCAUGGCCCAGCUACGGGAACUCUACCUCACAGGAAACCGACUGCGUAGCCGGGCCCUGGGACCCCGUGCCUGGGUGGACCUUGCUGGUCUGCAGCUGCUGGACAUUGCUGGGAACCAGCUCACAGAGAUCCCCCAGGGACUCCCCCCAUCGCUUGAGUACCUGUACCUGCAGAAUAACAAGAUCAGCUCUGUUCCUGCCAACGCUUUUGACUCCACUCCCAACCUCAAGGGGAUCUUUCUCAGAUUCAACAAGCUGGCCGUGGGCUCCGUGGUGGAAAGCGCCUUCCGGAGGCUGAAACACCUGCAGGUCCUGGACAUUGAAGGCAACUUUGAGUUUGGUGGCACUUCCAAGGACCGGGGCCACACAGAUGAGGAAGAGGAAGAAGAGGAGGAGGAGGAGGAUGAAGAAGAGGAAACAGGAUCAUAACAAAGUGACACAGAUCUGACCCAGGACGACGGACCACCGGACUCCCUUCUGCAGCCCAGGCCUGUGCCCCGUGAGCGCCCCCUUCUGACACACCCAGCGCUGAGCCCAAGGGGCAUCCGAAUGCCAGAGGCUGAACACAGUCUCGUGUCCCACCCCUUCCUGUAAUGUGUUGCACAAGCAGACACGUGCAGACACCACACCCCCAGCCUGGCCACACAGAUAGCCAGCUGCACAUGACCCUCCAAGCUGGUUGUCUGCACAGUCUCACACCAACACACACACACACACACACACACACACACACACACACACACACACACACACACACCAUACACACGCUCUGACCUCUGAACCCACACUGGCCUGGUACACUCAGGCAGAUACUCUCUCCCCACUUCACACACACACAGAGUGACCUAUGCCACCAAAAGCUCUUGCUUCUGGCCAUCUCUGGUCAUCACAGUUGGCCAUGUGCCUUGUCCACUGUUCUCUCCCUUGGGGACUCGGGGUUGUCUCCUUCCUCUGUGGCCAGGUGCUUUCUACCCUCUGAGACUCACAAAAGCUGGCUUUUGUCUUUUGCCUUCCCUCUGGGGAUGUGAACCUUCUAACUUCCACCAGGGCCUUGCCCCUUCCCCAGGUGCUGAGGCAACCCCACCACAGGGAGCUCCUUUUUGUUGUGCCCUGGCAGGUCACAGGCACUUUCUGAGGACAACCUCAAGAAGGAGGGGGGAGGGGGAGGAGGCAGCUGUGCAUGGCGUGGGCAGGGAUGACUGCGUUGGUCUUCAGUUCUGGGGUACCUUUGGUUUUAAGGAGAAAAAAUAUAUAUAUAAAGAUAAAAAUCUCAAAGCUGAUUUUUCCUGUUCCAGAAAAACUAAUAUAAAGCAUUACCCCUGCCUGGCA